GGUACUAUCUACGCCCUCGUGCUGGUAGCCCUGCGCGAUCUGCGCACGAAGAUCGCCAAAUCAGUGGGCAACUUCGCGUACCAGCUCGGAAACGUGCUAUGCAGACCUGAUCCCUCUACUGCUAUGGGUCAAAUCAUAAUCGAGCGCAUCAUACCCGCUGUGGAAUCCCUUCGUCAGCGUAUACCUCUACGGUUCGACACAGUGUUCUCGUCGAAUCUAUUGACAAAGCUUCAGCUGCCGUCGGAUUCACUGCUCUGCACUGAUUUGGAACAAUCAGAUAGGAUGUUCUCGUCACUAAAACUAAAGUGUGUAACGACUCGUUUCCAUCUGGGAGCUCCGGCGGACCUCAACUUGAACUGA